GUUAGGCCUCAGAGACGAGCCGUGACUCCGCCGGAGAGCUAGAGCGGCAGAGCUACAAGUGUCGGCGGGCCCGCGGAAGUGACAUCACUUCCUUAGUCCGUGGGCGGGGCUUCUGGUCAUCUCGGUAUCUACCUGUGGACCGCAUGGAAGCAAAGACUCUUGGGAUCACUACACCAAGAAAACCUGUCUUAUCUGUCAGUGCAAGAAAACUCAAGGACAAUGCAGCUGACUGGCAUAACUUAAUCCUGAAAUGGGACAGCCUCAGCGACAAGGGCUUCACCACAGCGAGCAGUAUUGCCAACCUGAAAGUCACCUUGUUGAGUAAAGAGAAGGUUGAAUUAGAGAGCAGCAGUCCAACUUCCAUCGAAGAGGAAGAGAAGACAAACCUGGACUAUGAUAAAGGACUUGAAGCAUUGUGUGAGGAGCUACAGGCCAUCUUGGACGGCUUGGACAAGGCUACAGUGGCUAAAAUGAAGGUGUCUCACCAGGACCUCUUGCUCACUGACUGCUUCCUCUAAGAGCAAACUGCUUCGCCCCUUGUGACAUCACCUCAUCGUUGUUUAUCUCCAGAGGCUCCUGAGAGCAUGCACCAGAGCUGCUGAGGUAAUCCUGACACAUCCUCUUCACCACGUCAUACAGCUGUUCAAACUCCUUGUACACAGCAGGAAAGAAAGGCUUCGUCCUGGGACUUUUCUCAACCUUUGUGACAGGAAGGAUGAACAGUUUAAAUCCAAGGCAGAAAACAGAAAACAAACUUGAAAGACAGAGAACCACGGUCCUUGACCCCUGAAACUAGUCAGUGGCCAGCGUUGUCAUAGCUUCCUAGUGGCUCCUAUGCAUGCCACACCAUGCCCAACCCUGAGAGGCCAGUUAAAGUGGGUGACAGAAAACAGCCUUAGCAGGAAGGCUACAAACCCUGGGACUAGCAUGACCCACAGGGAGCAUAAAGUUGGCAAAAAGGCACCUUCAGCACCUAAGGGACAUAGUCAUACCUCCUAAGGGGCAUAGCCACACCUCCUAAGGGGCAUAGCCACACCUCCUAAGGGGCAUAGCCACACCUCCUAAGAGGCAUAGCCACACCUAAGAGGCAUAGCCACACCUCCUAAGAGGCAUAGUCACACCUCCUAAGAGGCAUAGUCACACCUCCUAAGAGGCAUAGCCACACCUCCUAAGAGGCAUAGCCACACCUCCUAAGGGGCAUAGCCACACCUCCAAAGAGGCAUAGUCACACCUCCUAAGAGGCAUAGCCACACCUCCUAAGGGGCAUAGCCACACCUCCUAAGGGGCAUAGCCACACCUCCUAAGUGGCAUAGUCACACCUCCUAAGAGGCAUAGCCACACCUCCUAAGAGGCAUAGUCACACCUCCUAAGUGGCAUAGUCACACCUCCUAAGAGGCAUAGCCACACCUCCUAAGAGGCAUAGCCACACCUCCUAAGGGGCAUAGUCACACCUCCUAAGAGGCAUAGCCACACCUCCUAAGGGGCAUAGCCACACCUCCUAAGAGGCAUAGCCAUACCUCCUAAGGGGCAUAGCCACACCUCCUAAGGGGCAUAGCCACACCUCCUAAGGGGCAUAGCCACACCUCCUACGGCCACCAUGGUUUCCCACACAUACAGCUGCUGCCUCACAGAAAAUUAGUCAAGGGAGUGACAGUGGCUUACUGAGACACCCGUACAGAGAGGGUCUAGGUGCUACAGCUCUUUUCAGCUCUGUCCUAGUAAAGAAAAAUGAUUCUGGGGCUGGAGAGAUGGCUCAGCGGUUAAAGAGCGCCCGACUGCUCUUCCAGAGGUCAUGAGUUCGGUUCCCAGCAACCACAUGGUGGCUCACAACCAUCUGUAAAGAGAUCUGAUGCCCUCUUCUGGUGUAUCUGAAGACAGCUACAGUGUACUUAUAUAUAAUAAAUAAAUAAAUCUUAAAAAAAAAAAAAAAAAAAAAGAAAAAAGAAAAA